AUGUCUCCACCUGGUGAUGUGCUCGCUCUGCCCAUCUUCAAGCAGGAGGAGCCCCAGCUGUCCCCUGAGAACGAGACCCGCCUGCCACCCCUGCAGUACGUCCUGUGUGCUGCCACAUCCCCAGCCGUGAAGCUGCAUGAAGAGACACUGACCUACCUCAACCAAGGUCAGUCUUAUGAAAUUCGACUGCUGGAGAAUCGGAAGCUGGGAGACUUUCAAGAUCUGAACACAAAGUACGUCAAGAGCAUCAUCCGCGUAGUUUUCCACGACCGUCGACUGCAGUACACAGAACACCAGCAGCUGGAGGGCUGGCGGUGGAGCCGGCCUGGGGACCGGAUCCUGGACAUCGAUAUUCCACUGUCUGUUGGUAUCUUGGACCCCAGGGCCAGCCCAACCCAGCUGAACGCAGUCGAGUUUUUGUGGGACCCUUCGAAGAGAGCGUCUGCGUUCAUUCAGGUGCACUGCAUCAGCACGGAGUUCACCCCGAGGAAGCAUGGCGGCGAGAAGGGCGUGCCUUUCCGUGUGCAGAUCGACACGUUCAAGCAGAGCGAGAACGGGGAGUACACUGAGCACCUGCACUCGGCCAGCUGCCAGAUCAAGGUGUUCAAGCCAAAGGGAGCAGACCGGAAACAGAAGACUGACCGGGAGAAGAUGGAGAAGAGAACCGCCCAAGAGAAGGAGAAGUACCAGCCGUCCUAUGAAACCACCAUCCUCACUGAGUGCUCUCCGUGGCCCGACGUGGCCUAUCAGGUGAACAGCGCCCCAUCCCCAAGCUACAACGGCUCUCCAAACAGCUUCAGCCUCGGCGAAGGCAACAGCUCGCCAACUCACCCCCACCCAGUGGAGGCCCUGCCGAUGGGCAGUGACCACCUGCUCCCGUCGGCCUCCAUCCAGGACGCCCAGCAGUGGCUGCACCGCAACAGGUUCUCGCAGUUUUGCCGGCUUUUCGCCAGCUUCUCAGGUGCUGACUUGCUGAAGAUGUCUCGAGAUGAUUUGGUCCAGAUCUGUGGCCCCGCAGAUGGGAUCCGGCUCUUCAACGCCAUCAAAGGCAGGAAUGUGAGGCCAAAGAUGACCAUUUAUGUCUGUCAGGAGGUGGAACAGAACCGGGCACCCCUGCAGCAGAAGCGGGACGGUGGCGGGGACAGCAGCCUGUGUGUGUACCACGCCAUCUUCCUGGAAGAGCUGACCACCCUGGAGUUGGUUGAGAAGAUCGCCAACCUGUACAGCAUCUCCCCACAGCACAUCCACCGCGUCUACCGGCAGGGGCCCACGGGCAUCCACGUGGUGGUCAGCAAUGAGAUGGUGCAGAAUUUCCAGGAUGAGUCCUGUUUUGUCCUCAGCACCUUAAAAGCUGAGAGCAGCGACGGCUACCACAUCAUCCUGAAGUGCGGCCUCUGAGCGGCCUCCGCCUCCCGCCCGUGGGCCCCUUGGAUGCAGAAACUGCACCGCUGGAAGCUGCGGCCUCCCUGGCCCGCUGCGGCUGGAAGGGACUUUGCCCGGGGUGAAACCACGGCCCAGCAACCAGCGGAACCCACGGACGCAGAGUCUCUGGCAUGCAGAACGCCGUGGCUCCUCUCCCUUCCUCUUGGCCUUUUUUCCAGACUUGCCACUCUAAAAAGGCAAACAGUGGGGCGUCUGCUCCGAAACCCCUCGCUCUCUUAGCUGGAGGCUGGUUCACCGGCUCUCUUGGUGCCGAUGUAUUGGUUCCUUCUGACCCUCUCCUGCCUCCAGAGAAAGCUCUGCCUCACCCCAGCCUUCGCCUUCUUCUCUGGUAACUGGCUCCAUGACCAAACUGCUGACUAGAUGGGGGCGAUUUGCCACCACAUCUGUCUUCUUGCUGGUUUCCGUUCUCGAUGACCCUGGUGAGCAUCUGUCUGUCCUGCUUUUGGACAGAUUGAUGGGAGUGGGGUUUAUUCUGUGCCUUCUUCUUUCACUUUACCUUGUUUCUGAGGAUCUGCUACUACAAAGCCCAGAGAUGGGCUCACCUCUCUGCGUUGGUGUGGUGGGUACCACAGUAUGCGUGUGGGACCUGCCACACAGA